AAAAUACCCGACACAUUGCACUUCAUCAAACUUGAAAGGUAUUGAAGAAGCAAAACAAGUUGACAUAAAGUGAAGAAGAGAAACAGAGGAGAUAUGAAAGGAAGAGAUCAAGCCAAAGGAGCUGCUCCACCAGCUGAUCUACUGGUAUGUUUUCCUUCACGAUCCCAUUUAUCAUUGAUGACGCCGAAGCGCGUUUGCAGUCCAGCAAGGCCGUCAGAGCCCAACAAGCGCCAGCACAACCACCACCACCGCCACCACAAUCACCAAUUGAGGAAAUCAGGAACCAGAGGAGGCGGUGCCGGUCAAGCGAGUCCUCUGUUAUGGUCCAAGAACAAGCAAAUUGGGUCGGAGAUCUCCGAGCCCACAUCUCCCAAAGUCACAUGUGCAGGGCAGAUCAAAGUGAGGCCCAAGUCCAGUGCAUGCAAGAGCUGGCAAUCUGUAAUGGAAGAAAUUGAGAGAAUUCACAGCAACAGGAAUCGCAAGAAGAGAUCAAAUUGGGUUGAGUCACUUGGAUUCAAGAAGGAGAUUAUGCAAUUCUUGACUUGCUUGAGAAGCAUUCGAUUCGACCUUAGCUGUUUCGGUAAUUUUCCUCGAGCAGAAAUCACAAGUGAUGAUGAUGAAGAAGAAGAAGUAGAUGAAGUACAUCAUGAAAGCAACGAAAAUGUUGUGGGAACUGAUGAGAAUUCAGGAACAGUAUUUUCUAAAUGGUACAUGGUUCUACAAGAAAAUCAGGGAAAUGGGUUUUGCAGAGAAGAGAGAAAACAGAGGAAUUCCUGUUUUGAUGAAUCUGCGGAGUCUGUCGAAGGUGCAAGUUCUGUUCCUCCUCCAAAUGCUCUGUUGCUUAUGAGGUGUAGGUCUGCUCCUGCUAAGAGUUGGCUAGAAGAGAAAGAAGAGCAAGAACAAGGAGUAGACGAGGAAACUGAAGAUAAAGAAAAUGAAAAACAAGAAGAAGAAAAAGAAAAAGUGAAAGAGGAGAAGAAAAGCAGGAAUUUAAGGUCAUUAAUGGAAGAAGAGAAGAUAAACAACAAACAGAACUUGGCAGUGAUGAGAUACAACACUGAUUUCUACAAACUUUCAUCUGAUAUUGCAAAGGAAACAUGGGUUGUUGGUGGAAUGAGAGAUCUAUUGUCACGAAGUCGAAGUUGGAAGAGAUGAUGAUUUAAAUCUCUGUUUUUCAUUACUUGUAUAUUUUUCCUGUUUGUCAGAUUUUUUUUAAAAUGUCGUUCUUGUGAGGAAAUCGGAUAGGAUCCCAAUAAACAUUAAACACUAGCUUACAUUUUUACCUUUUUUUGAUACGAUUUGAGGUACAUGUAUAACUGUUUUUCUUGGAAAAGAUUUUCCUGCCAUUUUACAUUUUACAGUGUACCAUUCCAUUUGUAUAAAU